AUGUCUCGUCCUCGGCCUCCGUUGCACGAUCCAUAUGGGCUUCUUAGACCGCCUCCUCCGGAACCCACGACGUCCCUGUACAGCGUCGCCUCGAAUGUAUUGACAUCUACUACGUCUCUUCCUCUCCCAAAUAGCUCGCCAAAUCGAAGAAGCCGCCAGCGAGGACUGUCUCCUAAUCGAACCCAGCAUGGGGAAGAAUAUGAUGAUCAGCCCUACAUUACGAACGUUGUGAGACACCAUGGCCAGGUAACUUUAGUACCUCCAGUCAAUCAAGGGCGAGCUCGCAAGCCUAGGAGAAGGAGAAACCCAGAAGCCGCCACGAGCUCUGUUUCGCUGGCUGAUACUUUGGCUAGACCCAGUAGUUCUAGUGGCCCCAGUCGUAUGCUCACUGAGUCCCAGCCACGUUCUCCUCGUCGCCCCCGCCGGAGCUCAGAGGCUCGUACCGUCUCUAAUCCAGAUGUUAGAGCAUCGCCUUAUCCAGAUUACCCACCACCGUCUUUCGAGGAAGUUCUUGCCCUUGACCAGAAUAACACUUUGUCUACUCCAACUUCACCACCACCCAAUGAACUACCCAGGUCAAAUGACCCACCUUCUCCAAUGUUUUUGGUUUCAGCCCCUCCUUCACUAUCGGAUCCUGCACACGAUCCUAUUACUACUUCUACACCCUGGGAACGAGAUAGACUUCUGGGGCUUAGUUUGGAGGAGAGAGUAAGGCGGGAAUACGAGAGAAACUUGAAGCAACGCUCGGGCUCUGAAGUGGCACUAGGGGCUGAUAAUGAAGAGUCAAUACCCAGAGAAUCUUCACCAGCCACUGUUCCCAGCUCUCCGACUGCCACGUCUGUAACUGCGUCCAACUUCUUGACGCCACAAAACCUAUCACCUUCACCGUCCGGUAUGGCCUUGCCUCUUUCAAUGACCAAUUCGCCAAGGACUAGUGAAACCCCACAAACUCCUGGACCUCCAGUUCCUUCCAAGUCUCCCGACCUCAUCGAUACUCCUACCAGAACCAAUGGAGCACUGGCAGAUCAUGACGCAGGACAGCCCGUACGUAACGCUCCGACGGAAUCUCAGACGCCCAGGCCUGCGGAGUUGGAUGUGCCAAGUACAAGUACGUCGAGUCAACUUAUUCACACUGAACCUACGAACUCGAGGAAAGCGUCUGUACAAGAGACACCAUCUAAUUCCGAGGUGCCUCUUACUUCACUCCUGUUCACCACAAGGCUGAGGUUAGACAGUUCACCGGAGCGUACCACUACGCCUGAAUUUCGCCGAGAACGCUCCCCUAUUCGAGAGAUCCGGCCAAGAACUGAAGACGGGUCUUCUCAAGCGACAGCGGAAAGACCCGUCGAAACCGUUUUUCGAAACACUCCUUUUCCCCAUGUUCAUUCAACACGUUCAGCUGUAUCAUCCCAAGAGGCCACUUCAGGGGCAUCGCCAUCCAGGAUAACAUCAACUUUCAGGAGCGCCAGUCCAUCCCGGUCCCCUUCCCGUCCUCGUCCACCAUCACCAAAGCUUGAAUCUCCUGCAACACCAAUCGCACCUGUAACUUCUCCCCCCUCAGCGCCAUUAACAGCCGACGUAUCCCAAUCGUCCUCUACUGCUAUUUCUCGUCGCCCCCCACCACCGCCUCCACCACGCCCUCUUCAGCGCCAAGUGGGCUCAGGUGUAGCAGCGCGUAUAUCUGCAUACGAGUCGCUUCUCGCAAACGCUCCCAAAGUUCCACCGCCCAUACCACCCCGACCUCGCCCAAGAUCACAAACCACUUUGGACAAUGUUCCGGCUCGACCUGCGAACAGUACAUCCGAGAUAGUACCCGGCCUUGAAAGCUCAGAUGUCCAACCCCAGCAAGUGUCAGCAAGUGGAGCAGAAGCAUCGGAUGUACCGACAGAUCCGCAUACAGCCAUACGACCACCUGUACCGAUUCAAAGGCCAAGACCACCAACCCGCCCAGUUAGUUUACAUGCAACCACCCAGGCCACAGUUCGGCCGUCACGCCCAGCUAGUAUGGUGUUGCCGACUGCUGCGUCUCCGAUUUCUCAAGGUAAUCGUCUCGGAUCUGGACCGCUCCCCAUACCUGGACCUUUGCAAUCAGACCGUCCUGUGUCCAUGAACUUGCAAACCCAGGUGCCUAUGCUCUCUCCAACGCACUCGGGCAGUGUUGUAACAGAGGCACUUAGGGUACUAGUAGAUACGCAUAUAGCCAAUCACUCGUCCUCAGCAGUCACUCGGCCAAGGUCACUAUCACGGGCAAUCAGCAUAAUACCCCAAGACGUUGACGCAUCUCCUCUACGAGCUUCUCCUCAGAACGAGGCUGGGACCAGGCCAUUCGCUACCCCCCUACCUCAGCGGCCAGAGCGCCCAACCUCUGCACAUAUACAGGCACAGGCUCUCGUACCUGCUCGAGUUGGGCCUGAUGGAAAACUUGAAAUCAUUCCUGAUGCAGAGGUCAUCUGGUUGGAUCAACCUAAUGUAGGAAAUUCUGAAUAUCAAAGCCGACCGCCAGGUUCAGGAGCGUUCGGCGAGAGAUCUCCCCCUUUACCUAGUAUUCCCUCAGAGACGGUGGCAGGACCAUCGAGCCGGGAGCCCGAGGUCAACCCAUUCGAGGAUUCGUUCUUGAGUCCGCAUGUCUCUGCACCUUCCAUGACCCGUCAAUCAUCUACAACAUCAUCUAUAUACCACCCCCUAUCCCCGGUGCCAAGUCAGCCACAAGACUCAGACUCGGGCCCAUCAGGUUCUAUGCCUACAACCGCAGCUACAGCCUCUACCACAGUUUCACCACCAGCUCAUUUAGCAGAUGACUUCGAAUACACGGACCUAGACUUGCUCAUUUCGCGCCUUGAAGAGAACGAGGCCUCGCGCCAGGGUGCCAACUAUGAACAACUUCUCGCGGUGGGCGAAGUCCUCGGCCCAGCACACCCUCCGGUCCCCCGGCCCGAUUUCGACCUGAAUGUAGGACUAAUCGAGAUUCAGCGUCGACGAGUUAUGAAAGACGGUCGAGUUAAACUCAAACUUUCACUCAUGGGUGUAGGAGUGGACAAAUGCGGAAUUUGCCUUACCCAGUUCAAGAAUAACGAGAGCGCGGUACUUCUCCCUUGUCUCCAUAGCUUCCACACAAACUGCAUCAUGUCUUGGUUUGUCCGACAGGAUGCUCCUGCUUGUCCACAUUGUCGCACUCCAGUUACGCAAUAG